CAGACUCCAGCAUGCGAGUGCAGAUUUGACAUGCACAGCCUUGGUGGUGCAUCGAAAUCCAGGUAUGUAUCCACAUACGUCGGGGUGAAAGUGCAUAUCAUAACAAGGAAGCAGCGCAUGGGACUAUGAUUCAGCUCUGGUCAUGCCUUCCCUCCUGCUAUCCCACAACAUCCAGCGCUCCCCCAGACGGUGUUAUAACAGCCAGUACGUGCCCCUCAGUCUCCGAUUCAUUGAUCUUCACGGGCGUGUCCAGUGGGAAGCCGACCACAUGCCCUCUGACGCGGGGCAAUUUGAUAGUCAUCUGCAUCAUCUUAGGCGAGUUUCAACGAUUAUACGAUAUGAGCCCAGUUGACAUUCC